AUGGCACGUCUGUCUAAGGUUGCUAUUGUCACCCUCGGCUCAUUGAGUGGGGUGAAUGCGUGGGGUACCUUGGGUCACGCAACAGUUGCAUACAUUGCCCAGCAUUACGUUUCUUCCAGCACUGCAUCAUGGGCGCAAGGUGUUCUUGGAGACACAUCUACCUCGUACCUGGCAAACAUCGCCUCAUGGGCUGACUCGUAUCGGGCAACAACUGCUGGCAAAUGGUCGGCACCGUUUCACUUCAUCGAUGCGGAGGACAACCCCCCUACUAGCUGCAAUGUGGACUAUACUCGUGACUGUGGUAGCUCAGGCUGCUCCAUUUCUGCGAUUGCAAACUACACCCAGCGUGCUGGUGAUGGCCGGCUCAGCACAGCCAACAUUGCCGAAGCUGUCAAGUUCCUAGUUCACUUGCUGGGAGACGUCACUCAGCCACUGCACGAUGAGGCGUACGAGGUUGGUGGAAACAGCAUCAAGGUCACUUUCGAUGGCUACAGUGAUAACCUCCACUCCGAUUGGGAUACAUACAUGCCCCAGAAGUUGAUCGGCGGCAGCUCGCUCACCUAUGCGCAGACUUGGGCGAAUACUCUGAUCGGUGAGAUCGAUUCGGGUAGUUUCAAGUCCCAGGCUGCUAGCUGGAUUUCGGGAGACACCAUUAGUGAUCCCGUUACUACCGCCACCCGAUGGGCAUCGGAUGCCAAUGCCUAUGUUUGCUCUGUUGUCAUGCCCGAUGGAGCUGCUGCACUGCAAACUGGAGACCUCUAUCCCACCUACUAUGACUCUGCUAUUGGAACUAUUGAGCUUCAGAUCGCCAAGGGUGGAUACCGCUUGGCCAACUGGCUCAACCUGAUUUACAACAAUGAUAUCGCCAAGCGGGACCUUGAGGGUUUCGUCAACAAGGCUCGCAGUGAGGCCCCAGAUCUCAUGGGUCGGGAUCUUCUGCCAGCACCUGGACCAUUGAGCCGUGCCCAGCUCGCCAGAGAUGCUAUGGGAGGAGACUGCUGCGGGUCAGCUAGACAUGCUCAUUAA